AUGGCGGAGCCGAUGUCCUGGCAGGCGACUUGCGAGCAAGUGUUGCAGCAGAUCUCCGCGGUCGCGAGCUACGGCGUCACGGAGCAGGAGCUGACGCUGGCCCUGCGCAUGACGCUCGACAGGGUGGACAGCAGCACGCGCUCGCAGCCUUGGGCGUUCAUGAGCACGCACUCCGGCUACGAGGUGCACGCCACGUCGCGGGAGGUGGUGGACGCGCUGAUCGGCGCCGCGCCGUGCGGGCACCUGAUGAGCACUGCCGAGGAGUUCGGGCGCGCGCUGCGCCGUGCGGGCGAGGCGAUCACCGUCGCCGAGCUGAACGCCGCCGCGGCGUCGCUGCUCGGGCACCUGCGCGCAGGCGGCCGGCAGCACGGCACCGUGGUGGUGUCCUGCCCGGCCUUCAUGCUGGAGGAGGCGACGCGGCAGCGCGUGCCGUUCCAGCCGCCGUCGGCCGAGGAGGUGCGGCGGGCGCUGUGUGGCGUCGAGGAGCUGACGGAGGCGGAGGUGACCGAGGGGCUGGUGGAGGUCCCGGCUUCGCUGCUGGCGCCGCUCGAGCCAGUCGCGCCCGUGGAGCGGGCGGAGCUGCCGGACGGGGUGGUCUCCUUGCGGCUGCCGAACGGCCUGCGCGUGCGCCUGUUGGUGCGCCCCAGUUCGCCCGACGGCCCCGUCGAGGGCACCAUGCGCCUCACCAUGCCGGGCGGCCGCGCCGGCGAGCUGCGCCGCGGCCUGCCGGCAGGGUCCACAGAGGCCAGCUUGAGGACCCUGGAGAGUUGCGGCGUGGGUGAGUGGAAGCGGGAGCAGCUGCAGCUCUACCAGAAGCUGCGGUCCACCUCCGUGGAGCUCCGGGCGGGGGCCGACGUGUCCGAGGCGUUCGUGCACUUCGCCUCCAGCGCCGACUCCUGCAGGGCCGGGCUGGAGUACCUGCACUGGCUGCUCCGGCAGCCGCGGAUGGACAUGCAGGGCUUCAUGGAGGGCCAGCUGCGCAUGAAGGGCAACGCCAACGCCCGGGAAAAGUCCCUCGAGAACAGAGCCACACAGGCGCUGCUCGAGGGCAUGUACCCAAACGACCCGUGGAUCGCGGAGCCCACCCUCAGGCAGGUCAACAUGCUGUCGAUGGGCCAGGUGCGGCGCGCUGCGGAGGCGCAGCUCGGCGACGUCGGCCAGCUCCAGCUGGACAUCGUUUGCAGCGCGUCUCCCCGCGGGCCCUCGACCGGGUCUGGCCUCAGCAGGCCCACGGAGGAGCGCGGAGGGCGGUCCGCUGGCGGACGAGGCCGUGGGCGAGAUGAGGCAGCUGCUCGAGCUCGAGGUGUGCCGCACCGUGGGCCUGCUGCAGCCUCCCGCGGCGGGCUCCACGCCGCUGCCGGCGCCGGCGCCGUCGUCGGCUCCGCGCGGCGGCGAGCUGCGGAUGCACGUGCCCGACAGCAAGGAGCCGCGGUCUGGUGCUCAUCGCCGGGGGCGCCCCGGGCUACUGGGGGACGGGCGACGCUCAGUGGCGCGCGGAGGCGGAGCAGAAGGGCUUCUCCUGGGGCAGCGGCGUGCACCCGCUGUUCCCGGCCAAGGCCAUGGAGAUGA